GGCCGCAGCAGCGCCGGCUCAGUCUUGCAGACCGCAGCGCCGUGCGACUCCGUCCCCGGCGCAGCCCGCGCAGCCCUCGCAGCCAUGUCCAGGCAGGCGCGCCCCGGGCGCGAGGAGAUCAUGGAGUGCCAGGUGAUGUGGGAGCCUGACAGCAAGAGGGACACGCAGAUGGACCGCUUCCGGGCGGCCGUGGGCGCCGCCUGCGGCCUGGCGCUGGAGAGUUAUGACGACCUGUACCACUGGUCAGUGGAGUCGUACUCCGACUUCUGGGCAGAGUUCUGGGAAUUCAGUGGCAUCGUCUUCUCGCGCAUGUACGACGAGGUCGUGGACACGUCGAAAGGGAUCGCGGACGUCCCCGAGUGGUUCAAAGGCAGUCGUCUCAACUACGCAGAGAACCUCCUGAGGCACAAGGAGAACGACAAAGUGGCCCUCUACGUGGCCAGGGAAGGCAAAGAGGAAAUUGUGAAGGUGACUUUUGAAGAGCUGAGGCAACAGGUGGCUUUGUUUGCCGCGGCCAUGAGGAAGAUGGGUGUGAGGCAAGGAGACCGGGUGGUCGGUUACUUGCCCAAUGGCGAGCAUGCGGUGGAGGCCAUGCUGGCCGCAGCGAGCAUUGGUGCCAUCUGGAGCUCCACGUCCCCCGACUUCGGUGUGAACGGCGUCCUGGACCGGUUUUCUCAAAUUCAGCCGAAGCUCAUCUUCUCGGUGGAGGCCGUGAUCUACAACGGCAAGGAGCACAGCCACCUGGAGAAGCUACAGCGGGUGGUUAAAGGGUUGCCUGACCUGAGAAAGGUGGUGGUGAUCCCUUACAUCUCGCCUCGGGAGCAGAUCGACAUUUCCCGGAUUCCCAAUAGCGUGUUCCUGGAGGACUUUCUGGCGAGCGGGCCCGGCGAGCACGCCCCCCAGCUGGAGUUCGAGCAGCUGCCCUUCAGCCACCCACUGUUCAUCAUGUUCUCCUCGGGCACGACCGGGGCGCCCAAGUGCAUGGUACACUCGGCAGGGGGCACGCUCAUCCAGCACCUGAAGGAGCACAUUCUGCAUGGGGACAUGCGCUGCAGUGACGUCCUUCUGUACUACACCACGGUCGGCUGGAUGAUGUGGAACUGGAUGGUGUCCGCUCUGGCCACUGGGGCAUCUGUGGUCUUGUACGAUGGCUCCCCCAUGGUCCCGACGCCCAACGUGCUGUGGGAUCUUGUGGACAGGAUAGGCAUCACCAUCCUUGGGACGGGUGCCAAGUGGCUGUCUGUGCUGGAGGAGAAGGACCUGAAGCCGGUGGAAACCCACAGUCUGCAGACGCUGCACACGAUCCUGUCCACGGGCUCCCCGCUGAAGGCCCAGAGCUACGAGUAUGUCUACAGGUGCAUCAAGAGCAGUGUCCUGCUGGGCUCCAUCUCAGGUGGCACUGACAUCAUCUCCUGCUUCAUGGGCCAGAACGUGUCCAUCCCCGUGCACAGGGGUGAGGUGCAGGCCCGGAACCUGGCUAUGGCCGUGGAGGCGUGGAACGAGGAAGGGAAGGCCGUCUGGGGGGAGAGCGGAGAGCUGGUGUGCACCAAGCCCCUGCCCUGCCAGCCCACGCACUUCUGGAACGACGAGAACGGGAGCAAGUACCACAAGGCCUACUUCUCCAGGUUCCCAGGUGUCUGGGCGCAUGGUGACUACUGCAGAAUCAACCCCAGGACCGGGGGCAUCGUCAUGCUUGGCCGCAGCGACGGCACGCUCAACCCCAACGGAGUGCGCUUCGGCAGCUCGGAGAUCUACAACAUCGUGGAAGCCUUCGAGGAGGUGGGGGACAGCCUGUGUGUCCCCCAGUACAACAGGGACGGCGAGGAGAGGGUGAUCCUCUUCCUGAAGAUGGCUCCGGGGCAUGCCUUCCGGCCCGAGCUGGUGAAGCGGGUCCGCGAGGCCAUCCGCCUGGGCUUGUCGGCACGCCACGUGCCCAGCCUCAUCCUGGAGACCCAGGGCAUCCCGUACACGCUCAAUGGCAAGAAGGUGGAGGUGGCCGUGAAGCAGAUCCUGGCAGGCCAGGCCGUGGAGCACCGCGGGGCCUUCUCCAACCCCGAGACCCUGGACCUGUACCAGAACAUCCCGGAGCUGCAGGGCUUCUGAGCCGCCUGGGCACGCCGCUCACGGUCAGCAAACUACUCACACAUCCACGGCUGUGGGGGGCACGUGGCCAAGCACUCCCUGGCCUGGGGCAUCGUUUCUGCUUCGGAGUUCAGUCUGGUGCGCAAGGACGGAGCUGACCUUCGGACUGGAAGGCAGGUUGGCCCACUGUGGCCUGUCCCCGAGCGCUGUCUGCACAUGGCCUUGCUCACCCUGCGAGAAGGCCUUGCGGUGCUGGCUGGGCCCAGGUGGCAGCGCCCACCCAAGGAGCGGCAUAGCCCAGCCUGCGAGCCCAUGUCCUGUUCCCCUCUGUGAAGGUCAAAUAGUCCCUUCCCGAAGCCUCGACGCCUGGCCCUCCCGCUUUCCUCAGGGCACCUCCACCAUGGGGCACUAGUCCUACCAGGGACACCUGCCUGGCUUGUCACCGUCUUUCCACAGCUGGCCAUUGGGACCCCAGGCCAGGACUCACGCACCGCGUCACACCCCGGCCAAACAGCACCUCCUGGCCCCGGACCAUGGACUUUGAGUGGUUAGGGUGAUUCUGUGUUGGUUAGGGUUCUGAUGGGGACCAUUUGGUGCUGCCUGUGCACCCUGUCACCCUUGGUACCCUGGCGAGCCCUCUAGGCUGCACAGCAGGCAGUGUGGUCACCGUGGUUCUGGCCAGCAGGGCUGCCUGGGCCUCUGGGAAAGGCCUCCUUGCACUUGCUCCACCUGAGAGUCCUCAGGACAUUACUGUUGAAGUCGUGUCACUGGCACUUGUCAGGGAGUCAUGGGUCUCGGCAGCUGGGCGGGUGGCUUGUGCCUCUGAGGUCAGCAUGCCCGCGGAUGUCAGGAGCCCUGGUGUUGGCCCUGUGGUCAGCGGAGCUGAGCACAGGAGACGCCUCCUCGAGUCCUAUUCUUCUAGCUCAUGAGAACACAGGGGAGCACUGGAGGGUUCAUGCAAUAAAUAACAGUGUGCACCACGCCUGUCGGGGCCGCUGUGUGUCCUCUUUGAGGGUGUGGCCUGAUCUCUGUGCACCAGGCUGGGCUCUGCUGUUGGGGCCCCCAUGUCCUUUCUAAGGACGUGGCCGGGUCUCUGUGCUCUGCUGUCAGGGGCCCCAUGUCUUCUCUGGGGACAUGGCUGGGUCUCUGUGCUCCAGGCCAGGCUCUGCUGUCACGGGCCUGCUGUGUCCUCUCUGGGGACAUGGCCGGGUCUCUGUGCACCAGACGAGCUCUGCUGUCAGGUGCUGCUGCCACUGUGCCCUGGAGCUGCUCAGCCCAAACCCUGGCAGCCCUUUAAGACCCCGGGCUUUAGCCAUGGGCUAGUGGCCAGCUGGCCACAGGCACUGCUGUUGGUGUGAGGCCAGCACCCUACGGCUCCAGGUCCUGUCCUGUCACCCCCUAUGUCCUGCUCCCUGCCGUCCCCAGUGCAUGCUGUCUUGGUCUGGUCACGUGGUCACUGGGCGGCUAUCUCCCUCCCUGUGUCUACAACGACAGGAAGGCAGAAGCCGCGGGGGCUGGGCAGAGCAGAAGGCCUGUCUCCUGGAUCCUUUCAGCAGCAAAGCGAUGGCUCUCUGGGACAUCACUGUCUCGUGUGUGCAGCCUCAGGGGCCAGCUCAGACUCUUGGUCGAAAUUGCGGGGGGAUGGGGUGCUCCGACAGGAACGCCACCCUCGGUGUCAGCUUCUCAUGGCCAUUGUGACCCACUUUCCCCGCUUGCUGUGGGUCUGGGAGUCAGAGGUCACCACUGCCGGGUGGUGGCUGUCCCUCCACCUGCAGCUGCUGUGGCCCCGGAGCUGUCCUUGUGCAGCGGCCCAGCACCAGGCCAGCCACAGGACCCUUGUGACCGCCCUGGGAGUGACCUAGGGUAUCGUUCCCAUUUCCCACUAGCUGAGGAGCCAACGAGGCCCCCAACACACAUCCUGCAAACCACGUCAUGCCCCAGGGUCUGGGGUGAGGAUGGACAUCUCCGGGGCUGCUCCCUGCUAACCACCUGCUGCUGAGGAGCAAGGAGCGGCCGCUGGGAAGGUGGAGCUGCCUGGGGAGGCUGAGCUCAGGCCCUGCUGCCCCUGCCAGGGCUGGGGCCACCAUCCACAAGGCCCUGUUCUCCUGCCAGGUGCUUAGGGACACCUGCUGCAUCCAUGGCACCUGAGGAGGCCCAAUUAGUGUGCCCUUUGCUUCCUGCAGGAGGCCCAGGCUGACUGAGCCCCGCUGGACAGCUUCAUUAGUGAGUGGCAGAUGGGCUGGAACCACAGCCACUGGUCACAGGUGUGGAGCUGCCUUGGCUAAGACUCUAGAGGACCCCCAGCUGCUGGCUGGCUGCCCUCUCCUCGCUGGGAUGGGCAGGCUGCCCCGCCCCUCGUCCUCCUUCCCUCCCCCCAGGCCCUGCUGGAGCAGCUUCACGGUGGCCUGCCCAGGGCUGUCUCCCAGGUGGGCGGGAGCUCUGGCAGCUGGCCUGGUCCAAAUGGGCACCCUCCUCCCCUGCCCAGCUCCCUCCUGCCUGGGCAGGUGCUCUCACGGGGCAGGAGCUGGGGUACCUGCCCCCUUCCUCCUCACUGCACCGAGCGCCGGAGAUGGGUCCCCGUGGGCUUCCUGUCUGCCUCACCUGCAGGUGACCUGAAAUCCACUCCUCUUGGGCCCGGUGCAUCUGCCUCUGUCACAGGCUGCAGGGGGACAGAAGGGACCCUCCCUCAGGUCUUCAGAUGCUCCUCCAGGGCCUUGUGAGUUGCGGGGCCAGGCCAGGGGCGGUCGCCCUUCGGUCUGGUGGCUACACCGUCCUCUGUAUGAAGGUCUCAUCCACACUGGGACAGGGGCGUGGAGGAGGGGCCUUGUCCACUCUGCUCAUGUCCUCCGGCCAUGGCCAUUUCACAGUGUGCUCAGCUGCGUGGGAGUCUGAAAGGCAUCUGUCCAGACAGUGCCGGGCCCUCCCGCGACCAUCCGUGGCAAGGAAGGGCGGGCAUGGUGACUGGUGACGGCCACAGUCCCUCCCAUGGGGGAAGGGCCUCUAUGUCCAUCUCCAGCCCCCUCCCCACAGGCAGGGCACUUUCCCCUCUGGGGCCCCUGACCGGGGGCUGGAGAGCUGAGGCAAGGCCUGAUUGUGCCCAAGGCUCAACAGCCAGGUAGGAGCUUGCAGGUCGGCUUCCGCCACGCUAGGCUGGGGGAGUGUGAGUGUGCAUGCACCCAAGUGAGCAGCGCACGGGUGUAGACGUGUGACUAUUGUCUGUGCACAUGCACCCUUGAGGCCAAUGUUGUGCACACAUUGGCCCCAGCAGGACGGGCCGUGGGCACCCUGCAUGCUGCCUGUGCUCAGGGCGAGGACAGAAGCCCAGUGACCAUGGCAGGUGAGUGGGGAGGCUCCUCCAGUCGCAGCUGCCAAGGCCAGAGGACACUGGCCUGACCCUCUGUGUCUUCCAGUUCAGGAACAACUUUCUGUGUCCCAAUUGGAUGGUUUUUCUUGGGGGCUCCGCAGGACCAGGGACUAGCUCUGUCCUAACUCAUGUGCCCACCUGAGUGUGGGGUCCCACAGGGGCCAGGUGGCGGAGGCGGCGGCUGUGGAGGUGCAGCUAGCGUGCCUCUCCUGGGGAUACCAGAGCCACUGUCCGAGAGUGUGAUGCCACCAUGUGAAGACUGGAGGGCCACCAGCCAGGCAGAGGCCUGCGAGGGGACCACCUCAUCUAGAGGACGGCAGGGGCCCCGUGGGGACUGCAGGGCACGUGAGUGGGGAGCGGCUCCAGGUGGUGGGUCGUGUUCUGAGGGCUCCAGGAGGCCACUGGGACUUGGGCCCAGCAGUGCCCUGGCUGGCUGGGAGCUCACUGUGUGGGGCCCAGGGCAGUGCCUCCGCCUGGCCUCCCCUGGCCUCUGUCUGGCAACAGCUUCAGGCACAGCUGCCGCCCUCCCCUCCUCUCUCCCUGUCACCCCAGCACCUGCGCGCAGAGCAGAGUGGCCCACCACAGAGCCCUAGACGCAGCAGAGCCAUCAAGAGGCUUUAAGGAGCUGUGCUCCAUCCUCUGCUAGCCACAGCUGCCCUGGGUGUCCGCACACACCAUUUCUAACAGCCUUCGGCCAUCUUGUCCCCGUCAUGGGCAGUAGUAAAGGCCUGUGAAGGAGGUGUCCCCACACUCCUGGCCACGCUGGCUCCGUGGUCAUAGCUUCCCCUGUUGCAUGGCCCUCUGGCCACUGCAGAGGUGAGCAAUAGUCCAGUACUCCAUCAGAUGACCUCUAGGAGACGUGGGUGGCUCACUGUGCUCUGGAGAGGCUUCCAGGCUCUGUCCUCUCUGGUCCCUCUGUCUGUCCCUUCUCUUGUCUCACUGGCUCAAGUAGCACAGCAGGUGAUUUCGGGAGUGUCAAAGAGGGUGGCCAUUGUGGGCCCCGCAUGGUAUGGGCCGACUUCCCUGCAGCCCUGGGCUCUCCUCUGCCUGCUGGCUGCGGUCAGGGCACGGGUGUCCACUCCUCUUUUCAUUUACGACUGUGGAUUUUGUUGGCGACAAGUAACAGAAACCCCAGCACCAACUGGUCUCUCGUUAAGUUGCUUAGGGCCUUGAUAAGUUGGUGAGGCUGGCUUUGAACUUGUGAUCCUCCCCCCUCAGCCCCCCGAGUUGCUGGGAUUACAGGCGAGAGCCACCACACACACAGCCUAAAUAGCUUUUUAAAUGUCAGUGUGUCCCAAAUAUUGCAUAUCUGGAAUUCAGACGUAGCUGGGCCUCCUGACUUGAGCAGCCCCAUUUACUGGAACCAAGUGCCUACACCUGAAUGGUGGCUUCACCCCUGUGUGACCACAGGCAGGUUACUCGCCCUCUCUGAGCCUUGUUUCCUCCAUCUGUAGUGCAGGUAUUAAGACUGUUAUUAGGUGGCGGGGUUGAGGCGGUGCCUGUCAUUUGUGCUGGCUUGUAACAGGUACACACGGGAUGCCAGCUACCCUCAUGUCACCAUCUCCUGUCUCCACUUCUGUGCAGACUUCAGUCUUUCAUUCUUAGGUAAAGAGUCUCCUUGGUCGGCCCAAGGUCACAUGCCCAUCUCUGAACCAACUGUGACAUCUGGGGAAUGGGAGGUUCUGAUGGCAGUACCUGGGUCAUAAGCCCACCCCUUCCCUGGAGGAUGGGCAGGUGGGCUGAGAGUGGGGAAGCUGCACAGGAGACCUGGGGUGCCGGGGUCGGGGACAUGGUUGCCCUGGCAUCGUGAAGUGGCUGAACCCCAGGUCAGGAAGGAGCACUGUGCUGGCCUUCAGCUGUGGAGGCCUCAGGAGUGAGUCCGAGAAGGCCCUGCUUUAGGAGGACAGAGGAUUGAAGGCCGGCCUGGCUCGUGCCUGAAGGAGUCCAGAUAGGGUUCUGGAGAAGUCUGUGUGCCUGGUCCUGGGUGUCCCUGCAUAAUGAAGGCGAAUGACACUGGCUUGUUCUGGCUGGAGGCCCGCUGGUGCAGAGGGAGGCCAGCCUCCUGUGGGAGCCUCUGGGUGAAUCAUCGGUGAGAUGGUGGCCCUUGGAGCUCCACGUCCUCUGCCAAGAGAGGCACCCGGGGGUGGGCAGGCCAGGAGAAUGGCAGAGGUGCCCGGCCCUUCCCAUGGGGGUGUCUGGCGCCUCCGUGGUGGCUGAUGAGUGGUUUUCUCAUGGGGUAUGGCAGAGGCGAUGCCCAGGGACGUAGGGGCAGGGCAGGUGUCGGGCAGGUUUCUGUGAUGGUAACAAAAGCACCUGAGGUUAGCAGCUUAUAAAGAGGAAGGGUUGAUUUGAUCACAGCUUUGGAGGUUCCAGCCCCACGAGCAGUUGGCCCCACUGUUUUGGGGGCCUGUAGUGAGGCCAUGCAUCAUGGAGGAAUCCCAGGGCAGAGCAGAGGGGGUGCAGAAGAGAUGGGAAGGGAAGGGGCCAGGGGGCCAGGGGGCCACCAUCCCUUCAAUGGUACACCCGGGGAUCUGAGGACCUCCCCACGCCCCCCGCUCUUAAAGGCCCCACCCCCUUCCAGUGCUGCCACACUGGGGAGCACUGGGCCUUGGGGACAUUCUCGCCUUAAUGUGUGCAGCUCUGUCUGGCUUCUGGAUGCUCACGUGGAGGAGCCCCACCGUAGAGAAGGUGGACUCCCGGGGCCACCAGGCUGCAGGAGCCUCGUGCAGGGGUGCAGGUCAGCAGCUCCAGUGGGGCCAGGCUCCUGCCACCCCUUCCUGGCACGUGGUCUUUGGAGAGAGCUUCUGGGAAGAGGGAGAGGAUCCCCUUUGGGUGCUUCCUGUUUGGGCGCCUUUCCUUGGGUGGUUCCCAAGUGUGUGGAUUGAUUAAAAAAAAAAAUCAUACCCGGGUGAAAAAGAUCAAUCGUGAGUGCGGUUUCCACGUGGCUUUGACACCAUCACAGACUCCCAUAUGCCUAGAGCCUCUAAUUAGAUCUGGAGUGAGGAUCAAUUCACGUGUCAUGAAGUUUUAAAAGACAGCGUUCCAUGAAUGGUUCUUCCUAUUAUUCCAGCCUGAUUGAAAUUGUGGGUUUUUUAAAGGUGCUAUUUAUACUCUUAAGACAAUGGGGCUUUCAAACGAUUCUGACUCCUAAGUUCCUAUGUGAUUUCCAGAGGAGGGGAAAUUUUGAAAUUUUUCAUAAUGAAUGUAUCUUUGUGACUUUUCUUCAUUUUUUUCUUUCUUUCUUUUUUUUUUAAAAUAACCUGCCUCAGCUGCAUCUCACUCCCCCUUGGAUGGGGACCUCGGGUUCUUGCCAAAGUAUGUAUCACAUAAUUGCUUUCAUGUUCAGACUCAGCAAGAGUGCGUUGUAAAUGGCCGUGACACAGAGGUGACAAUUCUAUUAGUCCUGCGUUUUUGCAUGGUUGACCUUGCAAAUUGAAUCCGGGAGGUCAGCGCCUCUGCCUGGCUGCUGGACGCCACGCGUGCAGUUGGGGGGCAUCACAGGGAAGUGGGGCUGAGGCCUCCAUCUAGGUCUCUUCCCAGCUCCCCAGACGGAAACAGCAGCCCAUGAUCGAUGGACUCCUGUCCGCUGUGGCGUUAUUAGCCACUCUGUCAAGGUGACAAUGUCAUUUUUAAUAUUCUGUCUUCAGACGCCGGUUUAUUUUUAGGGUAUGAGUUAGCCAGCCUUCUCGGAGGUAGAAAGACGAAAGAUGCAGGGGAUGGUCCUCAACCCUGGGUGCUGGGGAGCUUUUUAACAAGAGCCAUCCCCAUGGGGGUCCUGGGCAACUGUUAGCUCUGUCCCCACUGGAGUUCAUUUCUGUAUACAAAGAAACAGGGCUUGGGCGAGGACACAGGGAAACUUGAACCCUUGUGUGUGGCUGCUCAGAAUGUAAAAUGGUGCAGCCACCGUGGAGAAGAGCGUGGGCCCCUCAGGAAGUCAAAGACCUGCCCUCACACAGAUGCCUGCAUACAGCGUGCGUGGCCUCCUUCACCGCAUCCCGAAGGCGGAGGCGGCCACAGUGUCCUGCAUUAACAAGGUGUGGUGCAGCCACUCCAUGGCACGUGGUCCAGCCACAGAAAUGAAUGAAGCACAGAGAAGUGCUGCCAGGUGGCGCUGGUGAACACUGCACCGCUGACAGGCAGCACAGUGCCCGGGACAGAGCACGUGGCUCUGGCUGCACGGGCACCUACGACAGUGGACAUGGCAGAACUGGGUUAGCAGGACCUGGGGGAGAUGGAGUGAGGAGCUGGCAUCUGAUGGGCUGGGAGGUUCAGCUGGGGAAGAGAAGUUCUGGAAACUCACAGGAGAGAUUCGCACCGCAUCGUGAAUGUGCUGAGAGCCCCUGCAUCUUGGCAUCGCAUGCUGCCGUUCAGUUGUAUGCUCAAAAAUGACUAACGUGGUAAUUUUGACACUUUAUAUAAAGUUAUGUAUAUUUUUACUACAAUAAAAAUAACUGAGAUGUCGACUUAA